AUGCCUGAGACGUUUGCCAAGAUCAAGCAUCUCCACAUCCUCGUAAGCAUCUGUCAACCGGAUGGUGCUCUCAAAUAUCGCGGCUCCGUUGUCAGGAACCUUCAACCCAACCUCCAAACCAUCGUCGACACGCUUCUAGAGAGUGGCAACAAACUCUCGACCCUCAUAGUCCGCUAUUGGUCUCACUUUGGCGGCGAGUACGAAGCCGUUCGCGAGAGUCUCGAAGGACCCCUGCCUCGAAGCAUGGCAACCCGCCCGCCCGCCCUGAUUCGCAACGCAAUGACUGGCAGAUUCCAGCAGAUUCAUGCGCACAGCAUGCAUUCGACGAUCUUCAGAGACAUACAUAUGCUGGAUCCUCUUAAAGCUCUCAAGGGUGUCGCUGACUACGUCAACAUUCGUGGUGACCUACCAUGCGAAUACAGAGAUGAGUUGAGGAAGAUCUUGUCCACUGAGGAACCCAGAAUUGCUGGCAGGAAACUGCGGAAAGCUGAUAUUGAGGCUGCGAGCAAGAAACCCAAGCCCGACGGCGGUCUUGCAGCUUUCGCGGCUGAGAAGCUUGCGGAAGAUCCAGAUAUGGAGCCUGGCAUGAAGACGCUGUAUAAUGAGCUUUUAAACUCCUCAACAAUGUCGCCAGCAGUCAAGUCUCUACUGUUUCCCGAGGAUUACGGCGUUGACACCAUGGAACCGCUAUCUGAUCAUCAACAAGCUGCGACUGCUGUACCAGAGGCAGUGCCCAUUGGCAGCAUUGGUGUUCUGGAUGGCAAAGUCAUCUUCGGACCGGUCAGACCUCCAUCUCUGGGCAAUGGCGCGUGA